UGAUCUCCCACUCUGACUCAACUACACUUCUGAUCUCGGCUCCUCAAGACGUUUUUGAAGUAGAUGUUGUUUGUAGCUGGAAGAAAGAAACAUCAGUUUCUCAUUCUUGAUAUCCUAUGGAAGUUCCACGCCGUUCUUUGGCUGCGUCUCUCUCUCCUCUCCGGCUUAUCGAUCCUCGGAGAAGUUUUAGUUAUAAUCAGAUGCCUGAGGAACCGAUCAAACUCACUGUUCUUAAGCUUGAUGGAUCUUCCUUUGAUGUUGAAGUGUUGAAGAAAGCUACAGUAAGGGAGCUCAAGAUGGCUGUAGAAGCUGCGUUUUCUCACUUGCCCUUUACAGUUAUUGGCAACGUCUCAUGGCCACAUGUUUGGGUUCAGUUCUGCUUGUCCUUUGGAGAUCAAAGAUUGAUCAACGAAUCUGACUACCUCAUUGAAUUUGGCAUCAAAGACGGAGAUCAGAGUAGAGCUUCGAUUCAUCCGCCAUACAUCAAACUACUCCAUCUUGAUGAUGAAGCACAAGAGCAUGACACCACCACCUGUUUCUUCUUUGAAACAACUCAACCUUCUCCAAGUCAUGAUACAUAUGUUCGUGUUAGACCAUCUACGUUCUCAAUCAAAACCGAAACCUGGAAAAAGAAGAGAGCACAAGGUCAAGAAGACGGUGUUCAUGACUCCAUCACUCAGAUACAGCCAAGCUUUCUCUCUACUGUAUUGGGAGGUUGGCUCUCUCACAAGUCAUCACCAAGUAAACUAGAUACUAAACACAGAGACGCCACUGCUUCUACUUCGAGUCACCGCAGAGUUUUUAACAAACUCAUCACAAGGUUUCGUUUCAAGUGUUAUUCAGAGAAAGAUGGACUGGAACAUGAACAAACUCAUCUUUAAAACAUGAACAUUCUUCUUUGGUUAUUCUAGAGCUUUUUGAUUUCUCAAUCUUCAAGUUUAUAUGUAAACACUUGGAGGCCUG